CUCAAGGAGGGCAAGGCGGAGGUGCUGCACAAGCCGGGAGAAGCCUUCUACAACCCGGCCCAAGUGCAGAAUCGAGACCUGUCGAUAGCCGUGCUGAGGGAGUUCUUCAAGCUGAGAGACGAAGAGGCUGCGAGCAAGAAGAAGGAUGGCAAGGAGGAGGAGAAGCAUCAGAGGAGGGUGCUCGAGGGGCUCUCAGCCACGGGUCUGCGAGCCAUCCGGUACGCCAAGGAGAUCGAAGGGCUGACGGAGGUUGUCGCCAACGACUUCAGCGCUGCUGCUGUGGAGUCCAUCGAUAGGAACGUCAAGCACAACAAGGUGGAAGAGAUCGUGAAGGCCUCGCACGCAGAUGCCAGCCUGCUGAUGCACAAGGCGAAGCAGGUCGAGAAGGACAAGUUCGACGUCGUUGACCUCGACCCCUACGGCUCUGCCACUCCCUUCCUGGACGCGGCGGUGCAGGCGGUCAACGAGGGAGGGCUGCUAGCAGUCACAUGCACUGACCUCGCUGUUCUCUGCGGGAACCACUCGGAAGCAUGCUUCGCCAAGUACGGCUGCACGUCGUUGCGAGGGAAACACUGCCACGAGCUUGCCAUCCGCAUCGUCCUCUCCUCCAUUGAGUCGCAUGCCAACCGCUACAAGCGGCACAUCGUCCCCCUCCUUGGUGUCUACAUGGACUUCUACGUGCGCGUCUUCGUGCGCGUCUACACCUCUGCGUCCGCCGUCAAGUGGAGUGCGAGCAAGCAGUCGAUGGUCUUCCAGUGCACGGGCUGCGGGGCAUACCACCUGCAGCCGCUGGGGAAGGUGGUGGAGCGAGGGAACAGCAUCAAGUUCCUCCCCAGCCUUGGCCCACCUGUCGGCGAGCUCUGCGAGCUUUGCGGGUACAAGCACCAGCUGGGGGGGCCGAUGUGGAGCCAACCUUACUUCCAGCCCGAGUUCGUGGGAAGGGUCCGAGCCCAGCUGUGGGGCGACCAGGCGGGCUUCGCGUCGUACAAGAGAGUUUGCGGGCUGCUGACGGCGCUGGAGGAGGAGCUGGUGGACCAGCCGCUCUUCUACGACCUGAGCGUGCUGGCGAGCCUGCUCAACGUCGUGUGCCCCUCCAACGCAGCCUUCGCCGCGCCGCUGCUCAAGGCCGGGUACCGCCUGUCGCACUCGCACACCUCGCCCAUGGCCAUGAAGACGGACGCGCCGGUGGAGGCGCUGUGGGACAUCAUGAGGGGGUGGGUGAAGGAUCACCCGGUGAAGAAGCUCAAGGAGGGCAGCCCGGGGUUUCGCCUCCUCCAGCAGGAGAGCAAGCACAUCGUCGACCCCGACUUCACCGUCACUGCCGAGCAGAGGAAAGAGGACAAGGCGAGCAGGUCGACGCCCAAGUACAUGCCGAACCCAACGCCUGACUGGGGC